GAUCGAUCUGCAGCAGCUCACAUCUGGACUCCAAACGCAGCCUCCCCUUGCAAGGAAGACUGGGUCGUGCUCGAAAUUCUGCGACCACUGCAUCACGCAGAGGAGAGCCCAGAAUAGCAGAACAAGAUGGCAUCCUUCCUCUUGCCCAAGCUGCCAGAGACCGGCGACAAGUUCGGCCCGCCCAACGAAGAUGCAUUCUCAGCCGUCCCCGAUGAGUUCAAGGGUAUCCCCUUUGCGCCUUUUGCCAAGUCCGACAAGAUCGGCCGCAUCGCAGACUGGAACUCGCCAUCCGGCUCCGGCUACGGCGAUGACCGCAACCGGCGCGGUCAGCUAGGCAGGGGUACAACGGCGUUCGGCUCUUCUAUGGCGGGCAAUGCCUUCGCCUACCAGCACGGAGAGGACGAAGCCACAUUCUCGCUCGUCGACAACGCGCGCGCAUCCGGCCCCGGCGGCUUCGGCGGUCGAGGCGGCUUCGGUGCAGGCGGCCGCGGCGGCCGUGGCGGUGCUCGUGGAGGUCCCGGGGGGCGCGGAGGACGAGGCAGCGCGAAGCUCGGUGGUGCUGCGCCCGUCUUCUCGCCUUUUGUCGGGCGUGGUGGCUUCGGCGCUCGAGGCCGCGGCGGCUUCCGUGGUGGUCGCGGCGGCGGCAGGUUCAGGGAUUGGGACAGGCCACAGCGAACACGAGAGGCUAGUGUCGCUGUCGGGCCCGAGUGGGAACAACUCGAGGAGAUCGACUUUACGCGCCUUGGUAAACUCCACCUUGGUGUCGAAGAGGCUUCGACCAUCUCCGAGCACGGCACGCUAUAUGGAUACGACCGCACCUUCGACAGGAUCAACUCGGUCCGCUUGGAAAAGCCGCUGCAACCCCUGGACCGGAUCCGUUACAACAUCACCACCUCAGACGACCCCAUCAUACAGCGCAUCGCAUCCGAGCCAGCACAAGCUAGCGAGGAUGGAGUCAAACCGACGAGGAUCUACAUCACCGACUCGAUCCUCGCUUUGCUCAUGUGUCUGCCUCGCGCCGUGUACCCGUGGGAUAUCACCAUCACGUCGCAAGACGGCACGGUCUUCUUUGACAAGCGCGAUGGCGGUGCGUUCGACUUUGUCACGGUCAACGAGAACGCUGCCGAUCCGCCACUUGAACCGACGGAGCUCAAGGACGACAAGGACACCCACCCGGCCAACAGAGACGCAGCCGCAGCCGCGGCAGCCAAGGCGGACCCGAUCAACACCCCUUCGUCGCUCUCGCUCGAGGCUACGUACAUCCUGCAAAACUUUUCUUUCCUCGUCGUCAAAGAGGAGCAGAAGCAUACGCUGGUUGAUGGCGAGAACCCGUUCUACAGCCCAGAGGAGACGGACCCGCUGGCUUCGUGCGGAUAUCGUUACCGCCGAUUCAACAUCUCCUCCGCCGAGAACGACCCUAUCGAGCUCGUCGUCAGGACUGAGGUGGACGCGUUUCUGCCCGGCGCGACUGCUUCUGCGCCGCAGCAACUGGUCACAAUCAAGACGCUGAAUGAGUUUGACUCCAAGUCGCAGGGCGCUGGCGGCGCGCCAGACUGGCGCAGCAAGCUCGACAGCCAGCGCGGGGCGGUCGUCGCAACGGAGAUGAAGAACAACUCGUUCAAGCUCGCUCGAUUCGCCGUGCAGGCCAUCCUCGCCGGCGCGGACACGAUGAAGCUCGGCUACAUCUCUCGUGCUAGCCCCAAGGAUGCCAGCAGGCACGUCAUCCUCGCGACGCAGAGCGUCAAGCCGCGCGAGUUUGCGGCACAGAUGAAUUUGAACCUCAAAAAUGGCUGGGGAAUUGUCAGGACGAUCGUCGAUCUCGUCAGGAAGAAGGACGGUAAAUUCGUCUUGCUCAAGGACCCCAACAAGUCUGUCAUCCGCCUCUACUCGGUCCCCCUUGAUUACCCGAACCAAGAAGACGAAAUUGAGGAAGAGGAGAAGGACGCUCCAGAGUACGAUGAGGAUGACAUGUAAUUGUGGGCUACCUCGUUUGAUUCUAGCUUGUCGUGUUUAUCUUUACCUGUUCGCUGUCGUCUCGGCAUAUCCUCCGCAUCCCCGUCCGUCGAAUAUGAGGUUAGCCAACGUGGAAAUGCUUGGGCAACCUUCAUGAUCAGAAGCCCAACGGGUGCAUCGUGUGCUUCCUCCGAGUUCCU